GUGAGUGUCGUGUGUUCUGUUCGUGGAUUCGUUUCAUACUUGUAAAGAAAGGACAUCGUAAUCUAUUUGACUGUAUAGGAAACGUUCUAGGAAUGUGUAUGCGUUUUAGAUAUAUCCUUUCGAACAACGUGUGAGUAUUGGUACAUGGGGAACAAUCCGUGGCUGGUUUCGUCGGUGGUCUCAAUCGUUGUGAACUUCAAGUGGAAGCUAGACGCGAUUUUCCGCGAUUCCUGCUGUCGCGUUAUUUUUUUGUCAAUUUUGUAGUCCCAGUUCGAAAGUACGUGGUUUCAACUAUAGAAGAAGAAAAAUACGGACCCUGGAAGUGACGACAGUUAUCCUCGCGUUCUAACAACAAAUAUAUACCGGUGGAUGGAUUAGGUAGAAGUGGUUGAUUGUCCGAAAAAGAAACUGCCAAGUGCGCUGACCAUAGAUCCCGUACUAGUAAGGGGGAAAGUAAACAAAACGCAACAGAACCGGAGAAUAUCCGUUUGCUCUGCCACUGCGGAACGCCUGGUAGGGGAAGUGAAAAUAAAGCACCGACAAGAAAAUGGUACAGGCAAUCGAUGAAUACGAUAUUCAACCGGAUCUUCCGCAGGCCCUCCGGUUGUUGGAUGAGAUGAAUAAUAAUUUCAAGCAGGUUUCCGAUCAUGUUGGGACUAUGCUGCAGCGCGUUAAGACAGGCGAACUAUCCACCGAGUAUGGCCUAAACUUCCUCGAGAUCAAAUAUCACAUGUUGCUCAACUAUCUGAUAAACCUGACAUACGUGGUUCUUCGGAAGUGCUCUGGACACAAAAUCGAGAAAGAUCCCUCCAUCGAUCGGUUGAUAGAAAUACGCACCGUGCUUGAGAAGAUUCGUCCAAUCGAUUACAAACUGCGCUAUCAGAUCGAUAAGCUAGUUAAAACGGCAGUCACCGGGACCAGCGCUGCCAAUGAUCCGAUAUCAUUCAAAGCUAAUCCCGCGAAUCUGAUGUCACAGAUACCGGAAACGGCAGAAGGCGCUGAUUCCGGUGAUGAUUCGGAUGAUUCGGCAAAAAUAAUGCAAAAACUUCGGAAAGCAAAGGCCUCCAAGUCUGGUGCUAGUGCGGAAUACGGCGGCAGUAAUGACGUAUAUGUACCUCCGAAACACAUGGCCGUCCCGUACGAGGACGAUUCCAAAACGGAACGUGAGCGAAAGCAGAUGGCACGGGCACGAAAACGGGUUCUGGGAUCUUCUCUGAUACAGGAACUGAAGGAAGAAUUUCUGGACACUCCACUGGAGGUGUCGUCCAGCUCCAGAGCGCUACGAGUGUUGUCCCGUAAAGAGCGUGAGAGGGAAGAAUACGAGGAAAAGUAUCUCACCCGACUGCCUAUGACCAAGGCGGAUAAGCACAGGAGCCGGAAGUUAACCACGCUGGGUACUCUUGGUGAAGAACUGACCAGCUUCGGUGAUAUGAGCGCACUGGACGACGAACUGCCGUCAUCGUCGACGGGUGGUAAAAAGCGUAAAGCUUCCAAGGGCGGCAAAAAGCACGGUAAGAAGCGACGUUUCCGCUAGAGCGGACCAUGUGAGCACCAACAAAAUGGAAAGCUUUACCAUGUUUGAAGCGACCAAUAUUUUCUUGUGAACUUAUUACCUAGAUAUUUCUUUUCCGUUGCUAUAUGAUUACUAUAUCGAAAAAUAAUUUUGAAAUGAGUUAAUUAAGUUUGAAAUUCGUUUGUUUUCUGCAUUUGUUUCAAUUAUUCAAGUUCUUCUUUCUAAAUUUUUUGAACCAUGGUUUUGUUUCACGUAUAUUGCUAAAAAUGGUUAUCAUUGAUAUUUAAUUGAAAAGAUUGAGUGCAGAUAGGAUUAUACCUAGGUACAUACAUGAAAAAAAAUAGUAGGAAGAUAAGAAUAAACUUACAACAAGUUACUGUUGCUGAAAUAUGAAAUAUUAUUUUUUAAAACAAAUACACUCACCAAGAGCCUUUAUAAUAUAUUUAUACGAAAAUAUUUUCAAGUUUCUUCUGAAUAAUAACGAAAACUGGAGCCAAUCGUUGGAGCAUCCCCGCAGCAGUCGGCUGCCUCGUUCCGCUACAAACUAAUACAGAGAUAUAUAACAAAUAGUGAUUAAGUAAAACCAAAGUUACAAAUGUAUCAAGCAGAAGCACAGAAAUAGAUGACAAGAGUGCCGAAAACAGUUGUUGCCUUUUAUGAAUAGAAUAUUUAAUAUGAAUGAUUUGAUUUUACUGAUAGCAAACAAUAAUAUUGAUUUGACCAGUUUUAUGUUAAAAAUAAUGAAUACAAAUAUGGACAAGUAACCUCAAACAAACGGAAAACGGGCGGUUCUCUGACUGCUGCCGGGAGGCUCUCUCCACAACUUUUGCACAUCGAUGUAAGCUGGCCCAGCUGACACACGAACGCCUAUACGAAACAGCAUUAUUUUGUACAACCAUUCAACAGCAGUUGUAUUGAAAAACGGAUUUAUAAACAGAAUACAUUUUUACGACAAAACAAGCACAGCACUUUAUCAUUAUUCCUAUCAGAGUUACUAAGCUAGAAACAACAAACAAACCGAAUUACUCGUCCAAUCUAGUUUAAAGAAUGUCAAACAAACACAUAAAUAUAAAGUACAGCAAUCAGAAUUACGACACACUGAACAAAAGGUCCAAUUUUAAUUGAUUGAGGAUCACGCGAUUGGCUAAAAAGUCUAACAUAGUUUAUGAUAAUAUAAUUAAGUUUUUAUUUGGAAUAUUAACAUGUCAGAAAUGGGGUCGGUUAUCAGUUGAAUAUUGUUUAAUUUCAUUCUACAAAUUGAUCCAAUUAAGUUUGCCUUUAAAUAAACGUUUCCGUUGACAGUUGUCACAUUAUUUUUUUCCCCUUACUCUUCGGUACCUAUUCUGAUAAUAUCAUUUACCUUAUAUUUCGUUUGAUCAAUCGUUUCCGAUUUAUUUUUUACCAGCUACUCCUGCAUUAAUUUAUGUUCAAAUCUGAAUGAAUAAUUGACACAAACACGAUAUCCAUGGUGUGCAAGGUUGGCUACCACCUGGAGCCGGCUAGCGUAACGGGUUUGUCGCCCCAACCGUUCCGAUGCUCCACUGCCAAUGCAGCAAAACGAUUUUUUUUCGACUUUUCUGUGCGGUUUUUCUUCAACAGUAAUUGUUGCAGUGUCAGCAAGUAGUCGGCGAGAGGGCGGAGUGUUCGCGCGGUUUACAUUCAAUAUAUGCCGGUCCGCCUACUGCAUGCAGAUUCGAUGGGAACGUAAUUCGAUAUUGAUUUAUGGUGUAACUAAAUGAUCGGUUGCGUGGUUUGCACCUGGCGUUUUGCUUCGAAUGGUUAAUGUGUUUUAAUGAUAGGCCUACCAAACGAUGGUUAGGUUUGAGUUUGCAUUUGAAGCUUUCUCCUUUUUUUGGUUGCAAAUUAAUGGAGCUACGUUUUAAAUUGAAAUAGGAAGUGGAGUCUCGCUGGAACAGGAAUACUGGCGGAAUGGUCUAUAUGAUGUUUUAUCUAAAUCUGUGUUCCUUUCCCACUAUCGGUCUAUUGUUGUCUGUGUGUUUGUUUUAUUAGCAAUUUAUGCUUCACCAUUGUAGAGGUAAACAGUAUCAAAACAUCAAUAAAAUUAGGGAAAGAUAGAAAAGUUAGGAGAAGGAAAAGUUGCCGGGUCGUAUCCGGAGAAUAUGUUGGGUGCGGAAGCAAUUCGAAGCACAAUUCAUGCAAUUUCACCAUAGUAGAAAGUGACUUGUGACAGAGCGCAUUGUCUUGGCGAAAGAACCCUUUUUUCUUCUUCAUUUCAAGUCGAUUCUCAUCGAUUUCGCCCUUCAAACGCAUCAGUCGGCUAAUAUAACGUUUACUAUCGAUAGUCUUGUCUUUGUCACGGUAGUCGAUGAACAAAAUUUUAUGAGCAUAAAAAUAUGAAGGCCAUAACUUUACCGGCCCUCAUUUGCGAUUUGGGCGCUUAGGACGGUUCUCACCGACUGCCGUCCACUCAGCUGUCGAUUGCUUCGACACCUCAGUUUAGUGAUGGAUUCAGGUUUCGUCCAUUGUCACAUACCGGCGCGAAAAGUCUGGUUUAUUUUAGUGAAACAGCUUUAAACAGUUCUGGGAAUCAACCACACGUUAUUGUUUUUGAUCCACGCGGUACUCAUCCUUACAACAGAUUCCUCAUUGACAAGUGUUCAUACAGAAUAGUGUACACACUACCAUAUGAUAUCUUUAGGAUGUCACUUGUUUCACGGUUUGGUGAACUUUUAUCACGGUCUCCUGUGUAAUAUCCUCAUUUGGCCGAAAUUUUGACAGGUAUCUUUUUAAGGUUGGAAAAUGUAUAUGGCAAAUUUGUUGACAACGCCAUCUAUAUACCAAUAUUCACGUGUUAAAUAGUUACAAAAUCAAUCAUGACUGGACACGGUGGAUUGAUUGGGUUUCGAAGUUAAAAGUCUUUUAAAAGUUAGGAAAUAGUUAUAAGACUAACUAAACUCUUACCAGCCGCUACCUAUUUUCGUGUCGAAAUCUACCCAAUAUCAAUCAACUAAGGUGCAUCUCCACAUUUUUAGGUAACAAGGGCUGACCUCAAUAUUUAGGUUAAUGUAAGAUUGCCUAAAGUGUUAUCAUGGAAACUUUUUCAAUGUUCGCUACCUAUGGUUCACGAUCAAGUCAAAGUUUGAGUAGACAACGACUUAAAUUUGGGUUGCGCAUAGAAGAGCUCGACAAUGAACGAUUCCUUCUCAAAAAAUAAGUAAACUCGAUUUUCAGUGUAGAAAUAGACCUUAAAAAAUGCUGCCGGGCUGCCGGAGUUAAAACUUCUAAUCAUAUAAUAUCAUCUAAUUCUGUAUGACGUUAAGUCAUUAAAAUAACCCAUCUAUUAAUUCUCAUGCAACGAAAUAUAGAAUAGAAAACGCUUUUUCAAUUCUUGCGACUUUUAACUAUCCUGGGAUGUGCCUAAAUACAUCUCAGAAGGUUACCCGUUUAAACAAAGCGUAGUUAUCUUUUGUACGUUCGAUGGAUGAUCUUGCACUGGUAUGUGACAAGCGUACAUUCACUAGUUAUGUCAAGUAAUCGAUAUAUUUUCUUUCUAUCGUUCACCCGAUAAAGAUAUUUCACACUAUCAAACUUGUUUUUUUUCCUAUGAUAUUUUGUAUUCGUAUGUUGUGUUCCAACAAAAUUUUUGGUAACUAUAAACCGAAUGCCUUCUAAUCCCGCUUAAAACUGUUAUUCUAACUUUUUUUCUAUUGGGAAUGGCACAGUCAUGGCAUUACAUUCCUUUUGUGGAAUUUGGCCUUUCUGUUUCGAUUGGCAGCCAAUUCUUAGCGUACAGAAUCAUUGAACUACGAUCUUUCUUACACUAAGAAUCCGAGCCCCAGGUCGGGGCUCGAACAUACGACAACUGGUUUGUUAGAUCAGCGCCGUAUGCAUUGAACUGUGCAACCGGGCAAAAAAUAUGAAUUUUGGUAAAUGGAUGAGAGGGAAGACUUUUUCAAUUUUAUUCAAAUGAUUUUCCAGCAUUUUUUCUUUAUUUAACGAUAUAUUUAAUAAGACACACUGCACUAGCCCUAAGAUGCCGAGGUCAUUUCUGAACAGUACUUAAGACUAGGAUAAUUUCUCGUUGUUCUAUUUGGCUCACAUUGCCGCAUGCUGAUCACCGCAAAUCUGGAGGAUCCAGUCUCCAGUUGGUGGUCGGCAGUGGCUGGUGGGUUGGAUUUUACGUGGGCAUGGUUCAGAUGACGCAGGUACUUCGAUGGUGGCCGUAUCCUGUUGUUCCAGAGAGAUCCGCGGGAAACAACCCCAGGCUACGACGACCCGAUGGGUGGUCUGCAUGUUGGUCAUUGACUGGAGCGGCUUUCCUUUGGCGGUGAUGGUGAUGUUACGGAAGAGCAUAAAAGAAACAUAAAGAAGUUAUUACUCCGCAGGGUCGAUGAUUUCCUCGCACGAUGUGAUUUUCUAUUUGGUGAGCCAUUCUUGUGGUUUGAGAACAGACAAUAGUCCGAGGAAGCCAAAUCAGGCGAACUAGGUGGAUUGGGAAGCCCUAAAUAAUUGACUUUUUUGCGGCAACUCAGGAAAAGACUCGAGAAUAAAUAACGUUUGAUACAAUAGAAAACUUAUCCUUGAGGAAAUAUUACAGUUCGAAAUAAUGCAUUCCAACUGUAGAAGGCAUGAUUUCUUUAACAUCGCCAAAGCACGGAUGAAAAUCCUUUCUUUCUCGCGAAAUACUCAAAUUUUCACCGCACUAACACGAUACAACGUGUUCACUCGUUGCGGGUUUUACCGGAAGUCCAUUCUUAAAAUCAAAAAUCAUUGAAGUUAAGAAGCAAAAAAAUCUUUAGAUGCCGGGAUAUGGAAACUAUAGACAUCAAUGGUACCAUGUCAGAGUAAAAGUAAGAGGUCUGCUUGUCUCGAUUCUGCUUUUACUUUGGCAUUCUUUUGCUGUAAGCAGUUCAUAUUCUGACUGUCAACAACUCUCGUACAACGUAGAUUCGGGUUUGUCGGUAUUCGUUGUUGCCGGAUUUGUUAUUGCCGGAAAACCGCGAUAAACGGGAGCCAGACCAUAUAAUAGGAUUUCAAGUGAUUGGGGCUGUGAACGGUUAUCUCGCUUCGUUCGACAGAUAGAGCCACACAAUCUUCGGCAAACUAAUUGUAGAUACUUAGAUCAACAAUCUAGUGUAGUUUGACAGACAAUUAGUUAAGAACUGCUCCGCCAGGAGAGCUUUGAAAAAUUCAUGAUAUAAAUUUUUCGCAGACAAGACAAGUUGAGCUUUGAGUAAAUCGCAAAUUAUAGUAUUUUGAAGAAUUCGUUAAUUCAAAGUUAAUCAAACAGCAAAUGUUUCAACUUGGAAUCACUCUAUCAGAUAUAAUUAGUUUGCUUGAAUGCACAUUUUCAUUAAAACUAGUUGAGAACUGUCUCACCAGAACCGCAUUGAAAAAAGCAUGAAAUUAAAUUAAAUUCCAUUUGAUACCAUAAAGUUGGAUUACGCGUAAUGAUUUUGAUUAUUUGGAAAGGUGGUGGUCCUGAACCAGUUUUUGUGCAAAACAUAUAUUAGGCGCAAAACAUGAAUGUAUUUAAAAAUAAUCACUCUACCAGGUGGAGCUUGUGUACCGUAAUGUUUACAGAAAAUUACGAUAUAUCUUAAAUGUGUGAUAAUUUAGGAGCAAUAUAUUGUGAAUUGAUUCGUGCCAUUCUUGAAAAUGGUGCUGUCGUUUGGACUCCAUAUUGUUUACCCCCGUAAACUUCUCCGGUUCACUCUUUGUAGUUUCCUUUGGUCGUCUUAUAAACCAGUUGUCGUAUGUUCGAGCACCGGAUUCGUACUGUCAGUAGGAUCGUGGCACCAGCCAUGCAAUGCAGGCCCGUACCCAGGAUUUCGUUUCGGGAGGGGCCCAAGGUAAAAAAAUAAUGUUACUAAAGACUGCUUAUGUACCUAAUUUCUGGUGUGCCUCUUACGGGUGUUUUCAACAGACACUUUAAACUUUUCCACUGGAUCUAUUAUUGUAUUACAUUUGUUUACGUUUACUGGCUUGUUAUUUCUGCAACACAUGCCUCAGGCCUUCUUAAUAAUUAUAUAUCUGUUUUUGAUUUCGGGAGGGGCCCGGGCCCCUCGGGCCCCCCCUUCUGGGUACGUGACUGAUGCAAUGGUUGUGUACACUCUGAAUCGACUGCGAAGUCUGUUGAAAUAUAAAGACAAAUACCACUACAGGAAUGAAUGUAAUACCAAGUUUCCUGCGGAGGGAUCCCUACAAUUUUUCCAGCCAUCAGAAGCGUUAUAAAUUUAUCGAUUUGCACUUUUUAUCCGUUCGCUUAAUUGUCUCUUAGGCUGUUUGCGUACCCGAUUUUUUUUACAAUCUCGAGCUGAUUAUCCUGACUUGUUACAAAAACUGAAUUUAGACAUUCACUCUCGUUAUAUUCAAUCUCAUCCAAUUCUGAAAAUUCAAUCUGCAUUAUCUGAUUACAGCUUUUUUUAAAUGUAGCGUCUAUUUAUUCACCUGGAAGGAUUCUUAGUGUCAGUAGGAUCCAUAGCACUAGCCAUGCAAUGAUUCUGUACACUAAGAAUCGGCUGCGAAGUCUGUUGAAACAGAAAGGCCAAAUUCCACGAAAGGAAUGUAAUGCCAAGACUUUGCUUUGCUUUGCUUGUCUAUUUAUUCAUUGUUCCCAAUUAUUUUCAAACAGCCUUUCUAGUUUUUAAGUGGUAGGCUCAGUUAUAGGAGCUAUCGUAAUCAGUUGUAGCUAUCGUAAUUCGUUGAUAUGAAAGAUGAAGAGAUUUGUUGCCUGAUGAUGAGCGAGACUAUGAAAAUUUCGCUUCAUUCGGUUUUCCCAGUUCAAGAAAAAAUAAAAAUUUCAAAUUAAUUGAAUAAAAAAAGCAAUUUUUUAACUUAACAUUAUAUCUAACAAUGUAAAUAGUCAAAACAUCAGAUUUCAGAUGUCGAUAUUCAUCCUUAUACUUUAGUAGCUUACUAGCGCCGUCUAGUAAAACAGUUUUCAAUUUGUCUAUACUUUACCAACUUAUUGAAAAACUUAUUGAUAACUAGAUUAUGUAGAUAUAAUAAAAUCUCAUUCAUUUAAUGGUUAUCGAAACCCUAAAACACCCUCUCGAAGAAAUCAUUUUAAUAAGUCAACAUGAUCUUGAGUUGCAGUAAUGUUCAACCCUGGAUUGCACACUAGGGUUACCAAUGAGAUUGUGAUCCCACUAGCGCCACUGGGUGGUUGAGUUUCUAACUAAUAUGAUUUUCAUAAUGUAGACCGCUACAUUGCGAACAUUUUUUGCAGAAGACAAAGUCGCUCUAAAUCUCUAAAGUUUUCGCACUAGAGCACAAUUCUGACAUUGAAAUUUGUACCAUAGCAAGCAAACUAAUUCCAUUUGAUGGAGUGAAUCUUAAUUAAACUUUAAACUUGUAAAUAAACUAAGUUGUUUGAAGAUUCCUGAUGCUUAAAUGUUCGCAAUAUUUUGUUUUUCUAUUGUAAACAUAUGAAUUAUUUCAUGCUAUUUUCAAAGCGCCUCUGGCGGAGCAAUUCUCAACUAAUUGUCUGUCAAAUUACACAAAAUUGUUGGUCCGAAGAUCGUAUAGCUCUAUCUGUCGACCGAAGUGAGAUAACCGUUCACAGCCCCUAUCAGCCGAAAUUCCAUAUGGUCUGGGUCCCGUUUAUCGCGGAUUCGUUUUUCACGCCCCCGAUGAACCGCGAUAUACGAGACCCAUCUGUAUUAACACACAACAAUUCAAUCUGCUGUACUGUACAGGAAUUAUCCUCCGUGCUGUACAAUUACACUCUUAUCAUCGCCAAUUGCGACUUGAUGCUCCCAUAUUCUAGAUGCAUAAAAAAUAUUAUUCGAACAGUUUGACAUUUGAAUUGUAAACAUGUUGGUGGGAGCUCAGCAGCGCUACUAGUUUAGCAUCAAAGUUGCCAGUUUAACGGAGGACCGUGAUUGGCGCCAAAAAAACUUCGUUAGUGUCUAGUCUAUAUAUUUGUUUGUGGUUAUACGCAGCAAUAGUCGCUGUUCUUGUUUUUACCUCUUUUCAAAAUAGUUUGCAGAAAGUAUGUCAUGACAAUAAUGAAAAAAAGGUGGCGCUAUGAUCUGUCUCAUUCAAGUGUACAUUUUUUUAUUGAACUUGACGGAAAUUCCAAACUAAGAAUAUAGGCGAAAUAUCUUUGUAAUUUUCUUUCCUUUCAAGAAAUUUGCUGACCGGAAUUUGACUGCAGUCCUAAUAUUAAGAAACAUUGCUAGUAGAUCAUUAGAAAGCAUCAGUAUCCGUCACAUUGAACAAUGCAUAAAACAUGGCUUCGUUGAAACUGUCGAUUACGGCGAAAAAAUCACUUUGAAAUUACACGCAGCAGUGCAGUGCAUUAAUUUUCCAAUUUGUAACCAGUAAUCAGAACGUAUUUAGCAGCUGAAAGCUAAUUAAUGAGUAUUUUUACGCCUACUCGAUUUUUUAAUCCUACGGUUAUCGGUGUGGCAAAACCGUUGAAUUAAAAGCAAAUUAAAAGAUUUUAUCAUUCAUCGCCCGCCGCUUCGAAAUCUCCUCCUGUUCCAUCGUUGCUUGCAUCGUUGCAUCAUCGAAUGUCUGCACUACCAUCGAUGCAUCGACGUUGUGCGGAAUGCAUGUUCGGUGCUAGUGGCGACACAUCAUCCGUUGGUUGGCUCAAUCUGGUAGCAAUUAAUAUCACACCAUGGACUAUCGUGUUAUUUCCUUUUUUUGAGUUUCUGUCCUGUUUCUCUGUCCCGUUCCCAUUCCGGAAAAGUCCGUUAUGACUAGAUCAUUGUCAACUGAUUAACUUUAAUCGCAAACCACGAUUGAAUUAUUUAAAUCAGCUUUGUAAUUGUAUAUUUAAUUGCGGUGCCCCUGGGAGUCACCAUUAUGAAUAUAUUGAGGCUAAACAGUAUUUUACAGUAAUAAUCAUUGAUUUAUUAAAUCAUUACAUUAGCCUAAUCGUAGCUUUAGGAAGUGACUAUUUUAACAUAAUAAUUUACAGUAGUACUUAAGCGGACCAAAAUUUGCCUCACCGUAUUUGAGAUCCAAAAUUCGAACCAUAAUUUCGCUACCGGUUGUUUCAUAGUUUGCAAUAGUAUCAAUAAUCGAAGGGGAAAUAACAUUCAACCUGGAACGAUCAAUAGUUUACAGCGCAAAGGUUCUAAACCGAUUCCAAGGUUGGUUUAGGAUUAUUAGCUUCAAAUGAGCAGCUUAAAAAGUAUUAACAUAGACAAAAAAAACGUUUGGGUUUGUUGAAAAUAUCUCAAAGCAGUCCUAUUUUAUUGAUGGUGUUUUAGAAUCGGCUUAGUAAAUUAUAUUACAUCCGAAACUCGUGAAACGAGAACGAAAUUAUUGAUAAUUGCCAUUAGUAUUAGUAUUUUUGUUUGUUUUCGAUCAAUUAUGUAGACGUGCCCUUCGGUAGCUGGUUAAACUGAAGUUCUGCGAUUAUCGGAUUGUCAGUACUGCUCUUUAAAACGAGAUGAAUUAUUGAUAGGUUGGAUACAAUCAAAUUGCGGAGAUUAUUACGAAAGUCUCAAUCUCCAACUCCGAAUAAAUCUAAUGAGUCGUCGUCCUUCCGUUAAGUAGAUAAAGUACAGUGUCAGUGAUCAGUAGUUGUCAUACUAUUCGAUUGCUCUUCGAAUUGUCAGUGCGACUGAUUUCGUAGAACAAAUUAGCUGUUUAAAUUCUUUUGGUCGCAUUAACUCAACCGAAACUCUUCUGCCGGAAUGAGAUGAUUUUCUGCAGAAAUGGGAUGAAUCUAUCUUAAGACAAGUGUCAAUGGCGGAAAUCACAAAAAGAAAUUUUCUCCGUAACCAGUAAGUGAAUCUGUAUCAAAAAUCAUUAUUGUAUCAACAAAAAUGUACCAACUGAACUGAUAUUUUUAUGCAGUUUCACUAUAUUUUUUUGAAGAAGAGUGGUUCUGCGUUUAGAUGUGAACACAUUUUAACAUUUCGUGAAGAAUCAUGUAUUGAAAAUUGGAUUUCAAUAGAAAAAAUGUUUUAUUUUCAAUUAUAGGAAGUUGAGAUUUUAAUCAUAGUAAGAUGUGUCUUAUUUUACAUCCUAAAAAACUAAGACGCUGUCAAGCGGGUUUUUUCCUAUCAGACACUGUAGUAAAGAGGCAAAAGUGAUAUUUCUGUUGAACGAUUCUGCUCUGACUUGCCGCUCAGAGCUAAAACGAAAUUGUGAAAGUGCGCGAAUUUAUCUAAAUAUGAGUGUGAUGCUUGCUAACACUUCAGUCUCACAUGCUACACGUCAGAGUAAGUGAAACAUUAUUUUUGAAUGGAAAAGUGAAAAAAAAAUGUCAAAGUAUCGACCAUUGCUUUCUACACAUCUUGACCAUUUUACUGGCAAUUUAUGGAAGAAAUGUUCGUUUUUUGAUACCAAAUUUUAGAGUUCUUCGUAUGAAUCGAAGUGCUGCCCAUCGUAGUAAAAAAAUGGUUGUCGAAAAGGGUCAAGUCUGGUGAAUCCAGCGUGUGGGGUGCUUAGCCAAAUGCUUAUACUGUAUCCUAUACUGGUUUUGAUUUAUGUGCAGGUGCUUUGUUGUUAAAAAAAAUACUUUGCCAUGUCUCUCCUACCCAUUCUUAUUGUUUUUCGGAGAAUUUAUGCUUCGAAUUGAUCAUAUGUUAACUGUAUCGAUUAGAGACUCCUUUCUGAUCUCAUAAAACACAGGACAUUCACGAAUCGAUGGUUGCAUAGUUUUGCAGUCGAUGUUUAUUGUUGUUUCGGAUUAACUCAUGACUUUUUCCGUUUAGGAUUUUUAAAAUAAAUCAAUUUUUUGUCGGCAGCAACAAUUUGAUUCAAACCUGAUUUUUCAUAAUAUUUCUUUUCUGUUUUUCAUUCAAUUUGGGUGCACUCAUUUUACAUACUUUUGGUCUUUUUUCAUAGCUUUUAAACGGUCAGAAAAUGUUUGUUGUGCAACAUAUAAAUUUGGCUCCUUUCGUUUUUGAGUAGCAGUAUCAUCUUCAUCCAAUAUUGUUUGCGAUUUGGCGUCUUUAAACUAUUUUGAUGGAUUUUCACGUUCUUCAUUUCUCACAUAUAAGUGAAGCUUGACAAUGGCAAUUUAUUUGCCAGAAAAAAAACAUUAAAACUGUUCAAAAUGCUUAGAUUUCUUCGGAUUUUAGACUUGAUUAGCAUAUAGAAAACAAUUUCGUAUUGAAUGCAUGAUAAUUUGUUAUUGAAAUGUCAUCAAUUAGGUUCCAAAUAACAUAAUAAGGAUGACUUAUCCCACGAAAAGAAAGUAACCAAAUGAAACAGUCACUUACUAAUAUGUGCUUUUGAAAAUAUCACCGGGAAUUAAAAUUAAUAUAUUUACUGUCAAGAACCUCUAAAGCUCAAUGUCAAAUUAAACCACACACCAAAAAAAUUUGAAUUUUACUGGUGACUUAAUCCCUCAUACGAUGUAAUUCAUAAAGACCUAGUUUGUCAGAUGACGGAAAAUCUCAUUUGUAAUGACUUAAUGUUAGAUGAGCUUGAAUUUUUCUGGUUUCGACUGUAACUUGAGUUCUGCUGGCAGGUGCGACUGUAUGAAUUUAAAUGCACCUUUUACCAGCCAAGUAGAUGCAUGCUUCUGUGGCUCAGUCGAUUAACAGACAUACUUGCGAUUCAAUGAUUCUCGGUUCAAGUCGCGACAGUUGCUCUCAGUAUUCUUUUUUUUAUUUCAAUGAAUUUCAUGUAUGUAGUUUUAGAUACAAUAUUAAAUGUUCUUCCACGUAAAUUUGCGUGAGCUUCGACGCUCCAUUUAUGCGCAUCUAAUAAGAUGUAAAAUCGCAGGGUUUUUAAGUGUGCAGUAGCAAUCAGCUGCACGAAAAUUCUUGCGGCCAUUUUGUUCGAGACUUCUUAUUUAUAUGUUUUUAUAUGUUUCACACUUAAUAUUGCGGCAAUUGUCAGAUAAUUCGAAGGUUAUUGAGUGUACAUAUAAACAUCAAUACGGCGACACUUCAAGCUGACAUGUUAUGACAUUGAUCUAUGUCAUAAAGUUAUAUAUUCAAGUCUUAUGUUCCAAGCAAUCGAUACCAACAUGUUCACACUUAAGAUUCAAAUGUGAUGACACUCGCACAUGUCAUAUGACGACACACUUUACAUUUAUACGCCAAAUAGUUGAAAGUUGGAGCGAAAUUGAAACGUGAAAUUUAUGUAGAGAAACACUUUUAAAACAAAGUGUUGAUUUUUAGCAGUGUAAGCAUGUGAAUAUACAGCUUUUCAAGUUCAAAGAGAAGUGCUAUCGAACUAGAAUGCCACAGUCUUUUCCCAACCAAAUCGCAUUCACCUAAUUGAACGAAUCAUCGUACAAAUGAAGGCUAUAUUGAUUUUUUUCGGAGAUGACUGUAAAAAAUCUUACAGGUUGAAGUCAUUUGUAGUUGGUAACCAUAGAGCCUCCAAACAUUACAAAAGUUUUAACUCUUUAUUGCCACCGUAUUUGUCCAAUGAAAAAAAAGGUUAUGUUACGUUGUAGCACAAAUGUUUAAUGCAGAUGAUUGAAUCCAUGGUGAAAAAAGUAAUUGAUUGGGUUGCAGUGUAAACUCGCCUCAUCAAUAUUUCAUGGAAUCAAACGAGCCGUUGUGUCGGGGAAAAUGAAUGUUUCGUCGACGAUUCAGCAUUCGUUACAGUUCCCAUACGGAAAUAAAAUUUAUAGAUUUGAACCUCAAUUUAUAACGCCGCUUUGUGAACCACUGAAGGGCGAUGAAAAUAUCUGAACAGCGUGAUUGUUUUUACGCAGAACCAUUCAGGAGAGUUAGUUUCCCAAAUUUAUUCAAAUCAGGAUUAACUAAAUCCCUUAACCGGUGAAUCAAACGUGUACUGCGCAUACAAAUAUCGCUACGGAAAUCUUUGUUUGUGUUAAACAUCGCUUAUCGCUAGCGCAGAUAUGGGAUUAGUUUCGAAAUAAUUUCGCUUGAGGGGAAAACGCUAAUGCCCCGUUUACACUUCUGCUGGCUGCCAGCAUGCUGGUGCCAGUGUACUGGCCUCUUAGGAAAAAGCGUUCAACUGUGGUCCAAUGAUCCAACGUAUUGGACCAACGAAAGACCACCGUUGAACGUUUUUAUCCUAAGAGGGCAGUACACUGGCACCAGCAUGCUGGCAACCAGCAAUAGUGUAAACGCUACACGGAAAGACCGAUAUCAGCAUUUUGGCGAAAAAAUUAGUUGAUUUUCUGAUUUUAGUUAGUUAUUUUUUGAGACAACUAAAAAAAUCUUACUUUUGCUAAUUUAGAUUUUUUAAUUCUAAUUUCCUUGAUAAUAAUAAAAUAUUUAUUGAAAUGGCUAUUUUUUUAGUUGAAUUCACCAAUUGUCAUUUCUUAGCUAAGGCACACUUCAUAUCCAUUCAACUAAUUUUUUAGUUGAAUUAGAGAAAUAAAACGUUGUUUUCAACCAACAUAAAUGGUUGAAUUGGUUUCUGCAAUUUGCAGCUAUAUGGCGCUCUGUCGCCGAAAUAACGCACCGUAAUGACUACUAGCCACUAGAUGGCACACUACUACCGAAAAAAAUUUCAGUCGCGGUUGUCUUUUCUAUAUUGGCAGGUAUAAAUACGAUGUUGUAUUGGAGAAAAACACAUAAGCGAAACAUAAACUUCUUUUUGAACAUUUUUCUUCUUAAUCGCUGUUUUCUUCAUUCGACUUCGCGAAAUCGACUCUCUCACUGAAAACUUUGAGCACUCGGAAAAUAAAAACCGAAUACAAGUAGUGAAUCGAACGGCGUGGCCCGGAAGGUUGGAAGAUACAAAAAACAUCAUUUGACAUGUACAAUUAGAGUGCAACAUUCGAAACUCAAUUCACUGUUCCGCGUAAAAACAUUAUUACGCACAAUCGCUACAAAUGCGCACAAAUUCUGAAUAAAUACACUUUCCACUAACAGUUUACGUCAUUUUUACAUACCGGUUUAGAAAUUUAUAUAUGGAUAUAUCGUAACACAUGCGUAAAACAUCUAAACAAUUUGCAAGCAGUUUCAACAAGACUGUCCCUUUUAGCUUUUUAUUGGAUUGUUUUGUUUUGACACUUCUCAUGAAUUUUGUGGCUAAUAAACUGGUGAUAGAUAAAUAGAAACAAAUUUUCUGAUUUCAAAAACAAAAUUAGUUGUCAAUGAGAAUUUCGUGUUGGAUUGAGAUAUUGCUGGUUUGUGUCCAGAAUAUUCGCCAACUAAGCACAUUCUCUAAAAAUAAGAGUUUUUUUCAGCAAAUAAAUUCUCAAUUUUAACUAAUUUUAUAGUUGUUUAGGAAAUUUUGUUGUUAAAAUCAACUAAUUCAAAAACAGUAAUACGAAUUAGGCGCAGAGCUAAUUUCGGUCGUUCCGUGUACAUAACACUUUCCCCCCAUUGAUAUCCUAUUAAUCUAUGGCUCUUCGUGUUGAAAUGUGGGAUUGGCAAAGAAUAGAAAAAUGGUUCUAGGCAAGGCUAUCGAUACUUAUGUCACGUAACAAAUGGGCUGCCUCCAUGCAAUGUUUCCCGAACUAAUAAUGUUCUACUGCGAUGCGUUGGAUGUGUUCGAGAGAGACUACGAAGAGUGUUCUGAUUUAUAAAUGAUAUUAUAUCGGUUAAAAUGAUGCUGGAAUAAAUUCAACCUGAUGAGGUAUGGAUGGCUAUUAUUCAGUGCCAAGGUUGCGAGGUCCUUCCCAGAUAGCACACCCCGCAACAUUUCCGGAACGGAUUUGAUGAUAAGCUGCCGGAAUACGAUGUUUGAGAUUGUUCCGAAAUUCAGGAUGGCGACUUUCGGUUUAACAAUAUUAUAUGAAAAUCCUUACAAUUUGGAUAUUGCAGCUGUUUUAAUGAAUAGAUACCGAGAAACGAUGUUUGGGAUCGUUUCAAAAUCGUAAAUUUUGACUUCUGGCUUAUCGGCACAUUUUCGAAAGGGAUUUCACAAAUAAGCAACGCUACUUUACUUAAGAUUAGUUUUACUGAUUCAAAUCAUUUCAAGAACAUCCAUAUUUAAAUUAACUUUAAAUAAUAUCCCAUAGAUCAGAAAUAUCCGUUGUGGGUUUUGAAACUGAAAUUUUCAAUAUAAUCGUCUCUGAGUGAUUGAAAGAUUAAAUACAGAACUCAUUACCAUAGUAUUUCGAUUUGGCUUUAGAACGGUUUCUUUUUGGCAACAUAAUUGUUCGACUAUGACGUGUUAAACCUUAUAUUGGUAAUUCCGCGUCAUUCUCGAAUUCAAUGUGAUAACCCAAACAUUUUAAUAGCUGCAUUGAUUGUAAUUUUCUUCAAAUACAACCACCGAAAAACUGUAUUUUCAUAUCACUCAAAUAGAAAUAGAAAAUAUUGUCCUGUUUAUUUUAAUACAUAUUGUGUCGUUACUUAUACAAUCAUAUCUCCGAAAGUGACAAUCAAUUGAUCUUCGAACUUGAUUUACAGCUCAAACGUUGCUUCCAAAUGAGCCUAAGUUUGUUAAAAUCGGUUCGGCAAUUUCCGGGAAAUUUAAGCAGAGAGAAAAAUGUUUGAAAGGACAGACAUUUUCCGAUCUCUUCGAGCUGUGGCGAAUGGUAUAUAACACUAGGGUCCAUCUUUUCUAUUAGUUUAUACUUUUAGGGUUUUUCCCCAUUAAUUCUAUUAGCUUUAUAUGGGGAAAGACAAAACUAUGGAAGAGAGGAAAUUGUUCGUCUAUUUAACAGGAGGACGACGAUUUAUCAGAUAUUCCGGUAGGCGCUAAAGAGUUGAUAAUUUGGAUGGGUACAAGGUUGAAUGAUUGAGACAUAAUGGGAGCGAGUCAUUUCGCCGAGAGCUGUUUCGACGAAUGGGUCAUUUCAAUUUAUAGCUUGUGUUCAGUUAACGAAAAAGUGUGGCAAAAAUUUCCCUGCUAGUUACACCAAAGCUUUUUUGCUUUCAGAUGAAUAAAAUUACCUAGUUUUACUGGAAGUUCUAUCAAGAGACCACUAUUUCUUGAAAAAGGUUAUAUUUAGGAUGCAAGGUCUUUGAAAAUUUGUCAAAAUUCGGUUUUUGGAAAAAAAAAAUAGUACGAAAAAGUUAAUGGAUUGAUGCGGAGAAAUAACCUUUUCGAUGAAAUGGCUCCAUCGGUGAAAUGGCUUUCAACAAAAUUGGUUUUCAACGAGAUGACCCUGAACCAGCUGGGAUUACCAUUUAUCUGGUGUUUUUAAGCUUCGACCGGACGGUAACUUGAAAAAAACACAAAUGUAUCGAUUUUUACUAUCGGUACUUAGCGUGAAAACAGACUGAUGAAGAAUGAUAGAUGAAUGGAACAACGAAAUUUCAUAUCUGCAAAUAAAUUAUUACAGGGAUCUCAAGUAGCAAUUAGAACUUGUUAAAAUCGGCAUGUUUCACAAUUGCUACAGAACGGUUAUUUUUGUUGAAUAUGCUAUACAAGUGAUUUCAUGUGUUUUUGUAACAAAUGUGAAAAUCAUUCAUAUUGCUGCUUGUGAAACCAACUCAAAAACCAGAAAGGAUUAUGUUCCAGAUCGGUUUUAUUAGCUGACUGUACAAUAUGUUCAUUUGAACAGUUUCAUAUCCAGUUCUCUCUUAACAAAUAUUACUGCUGUGAAACAUAUCAAACAAGAAACUUGUUGCACAUCAUACAAGCAAAGUACGCUUUCCCAAUCACACGAUACUUGCGGUAAUAGUUAAGAAAUACAAUACAAGAACAAUAUUUGCUACUUGGGACAGAACUUGAACUCACAACAUUUUAGUAUCGUUUAAUCGUUAGCAAAAUUGAUCGACGGCUUUAAAUCAAUGUAAUGGAGGUUUGUGAUGUAAAGUUUGUUGUUGAAAGUGAAGCAAGUCUCACCUUUACUAAUACACAUCAGUUGAUGAUGAACUUGGUGAUCUCAAGCGCGCGACACAGUAAAAUCUCACAUGGUUGAUAGCAGCGAAAACUGGAUUAGUGAUUGUAUAGUUUUUAACGGUUCUAUUUGCAGGCUAAUAAGGCGAGACUGACAUCAGAAUUACAGUCUGGACAUAUAUGGAGGUCUGUUGGAACGGGUUGCCCUGUUUAUCUAAAGUAUAGCCCAGUUCAAUUGUUGAAAAAAUGAGAAAAUCUUUACACUACUUUAUAAAAUCUUUUUCUCAUGGUUAAAUGAAGAGCAACAUAAAUUUACUUUUAUGGAUAUGUUUAUUUAAUUCUACCUGACAUUAUACGAUGUGGCCAGCAAGGAUGGCUUUUUCGUAUCAAAGAACGCUCUCUACCAAUUCUUCACACGACUCAAUCAGUGCCAUCAAAGUGAGACGGAUAUCAUCACAGCAACAAAAAAACCGGCAUGGUUCAUUCAACAUAGAAUGGACACCAGUGCGAGAACAAAAACUGAACCUUUAUGAAUAUGGUUGAUAAGUGGAUCAAUAGUGGUGAUGUGUUCGAAAUUUAUUCAGCAAUACCGUGGUGGUGUAAUAUCACCAUUAAACACAGCAAGUGCCUGCUGUGUGUUAGAGGAACGCAAAAUGUUGCUCUCCUGUUACUUCUAUAAAUCAGAUUCAUGCUAAAUAGGGUUUAAUCUAAAUAGUGUAGUAUAAUCAACCAACUGGAAUCGAAACAGCCUUUCGUCGCUAUAAUCACUAUUUGGAAUGUGGGAAAAAUUCUGAUGUUCAUAUUUACCACCCUACGAGCAACGAAAAUGUCGCUAUCAUUAAUUCUCAUUUGCGAUUCAGUUACGAAUUUAUUAAGUUGAGAUUUUAUUAAUGAUGAACGAGACUUUCGAUUAUCUCUUUGGCGAUAUUUCUGUGGGUGAAAAUUCGUCAUCAAGUUUCGCUGAUACAAAAAAUCACUUUUGAACUUCAAGAUGGUUUUAACACUGGCGUGAUGAAUUCCAAACCGCUUCGCCAAUUUUCGCAUAGUAAUACCCUUCUAACUUAGCCAUGUGUCUAGAACCUUAAUUUUCAUUUCCUGUUCAAUACGCGACAUUUUGAAAACGCAGAAUUUCAACCGCACAAACAAGUAAACAAACGAUAGCUGGCAGCCAAACGCGCAGCAUGCUGUGAUUUGAGCAUAAAAAACCAUCACAAAUACAUGCGUACAACACAAAUGUAUGUGGGUAGCUUAUUUUCGAUACACUCCUUAAACUUUAGAAUCCAGUUCGAGUUUUUUGAUGGGCCUUACUGUACAGUGUUUUACAUUUAGAGUAUUUUAAUUAAUGGAACAACUAUCCCGGAUUGGAGAUAGUAGCGGAUUUGAUUUAUAUCUUUAGGAUAGUUUCGUCGCAAGUUUUCAUUUUCGCUAUUUCAUUCUUCAAUCAUUUCCUAGAGUGGCUUUCAUUGAGCACUGAUAAGAAUUAUGGUAAAUUAAGGAUAUUUGUCCAAAGUAUCAUUUCAAAAUCGAUUGAAAUAGGAAGUCAAAUUUUGCAUAGAAAUGCUAUUUUAUCAUACAAACGUUGGUAGGCAAUUUGCAGAUUUGAUUGAUGCGGAACUCCUGUUUUGAUUAAUUACCUUGACUACACAAUGAACCUCAUACAUCAUCUGAAACGUACCGAUUCGUCAAUGUUUAAUGUUUUCUAGUAGCCUUGAUUUAUUUUGUUGCGUCGGUAAGCCUCGCUUUGAAGAGCAGUGACGGCGAUGGUCCGGUUAUCCUAUGCCGACGGUUGUUCCAGCUUCGGAGGGCAGUCAUUACCUAGGAGUACCUACGAACGCAUCGAACGCGAUUACAAAAAGAAAUUAACCACCUGCCCACGGGGUUAGCAUGCGAUGGCGUCGCUCCAUUGGACAUUUAUUUAAACUUUAAUUAUAUUAUUACCUGCGAUGCAUGUUUUAUCAUUGCCAUUAUUACCAGUCGCGUGGGACCGUUCGCGGGCAGUCAGUCCUGUUUCAAUUGUGGAAAAAAAGUACACACACAGUCCCAGGACCGAAUGAUUUCUCUCUGCACGGACGUUGUUCGGCGAUCUCGUUAUGCGCGGUUUAUAUUAUCAUCUAAUUAAAAUGAUAAAAUAUGCAACUAAAUUUAUGUGUAGUACGUUUAAUGAUUAAAAUUGUAUCAGAUGACGAUAAUGAUAAUGAAAGGGUGAGGAUUGAGUGCGUCCUGGAAAAUGGCUGAUCGAUCGAAAUUGUUCGUCUGGCUGAUUUGGGAAUGUGGAGAGGGAGAUAGUGGGUGGGGCGCGAACGGGGGUGUUAGUCAAUGGAUGAUUGUGAUAUGCUAGAUUUUAUACAUUGACGCACUUCUGACUGUAAUUAAAUUCAGUCGGAGUGCUUUUGUAUGCCAGUCAAGUGACUCAGUUAUUAGCUGCGAUUGAUUCUAUUCGGUCGGGUCGGCUGGUAAAUGAAAAUGUUUCACAAUCUGACAGAUUAAAUCAUGAUUUAGAUCGAAGUUAUGGGUUAAUAUUUAAACAAAAUCCUUUCCUUGCUAAGCCUAAUGAAAUGAUAUUAUUGGUAUGGAAGUAGAGUGUGUGGUUUGUGAGAGUAGGCGCGGAAUUUCACAAAAAAAUGAAACCUAAAAGUAAUGCGUAGAAUUCACUAAAUCAAAUCAGAAGUGGUGGAUUCGUAAGAGAUUAUGGAAAAAAAAAUUCUGGUGGGAAGUGUCGCAAUAAAAUUAUUUUUUGAAAAGGAUAGAGGCACAGAAAGGUGUAAACAACAGAGAAGCAGAGCAGUGGUAAAAAAUUCAAAAUUUUUUGUUCAGGUGUCAACACCUUUUGGCAUAUUAGUCUUGUAAAAACCUUUUGGAACUAGAGUUUAGAUAUAAUCAACAGAAUACAAAAAUAACAUAAAAUAAUCAAAACCAAUCUAAAAUUAUUGUGCUCACAACGGAUAACGUUUUUCAUAAAGUUUUUGGCGUUCUCGUUUGGCAGACAUUUUGGCUGUAGUGACGUUUGGAAAAAUCAUAAAAUCUAAUGAAUCAAAAGUAUUGUAUAAUAAACUGAUGCUGAAAUUAGCAUAUAAAAAUUCAAAAUUUCUUUUUAUCACUGUAAUAGAAGAGUAGCUACAGAGACAAGCUAAGAGGAAUGAGCUUCAAUAAAUACAAAAUAUAUACUGUAAAAAUAACCAAUGCCGAAAGAAACUGGGCACCAGAUUGUUUUUUUUUUAAAUAAUUUUCCUCUGACGUAUCCAUAAUAAUUAGUUUUCUUUGAACAACUUUGUUCUUACCGUUUUCUAAAAUUUACCUCCAAGACCUUCCUUGCCAGUGCCACUCAGUUUCCUUGCAUUAUUUUAACAACUUUGUGUCGAAAUCGUUUCAUCGGACCAUUGUUUUAUUGUAUUAAAAUACAACAAGCACUUACCAUUUCCUAGACCAUUACACAAACGUUAAUAAAGUAACAAUAAAGUGUAUUGUGUAAACUAAAUGAGAGAUGAUAAUUACCUAAAUAUUGCCUUCAAUUAUACAACAUUAUUGAUGAAAUAAUUAAAUAAAUUUUUCGUGCAGUGGAAAGAAGAUAAACAUGCAGAAAACUACUAAAAAAUAUACGGAAUUAUGAAAUUUUAAUCUUAAUUCGCAAUAGAACAUACUGCGCACAUUCGGUUAUCCAUUCGUCUGCUCUCGAUUGUAAAUACAUCCAGAAGAUUGUUUAACUUUUUUAUAUAUGAGCAAAAUAAAACCCGAUCUAUUUUCAUCGAUUCCAAAAACAACAAAAAGCAGAGCGAGAGCACGAACUCAAUAUAUAGUACGCAGAACAACAAUAUACUUGAUUCCAUCGAAAACAAUAGACUGGACAAUUUUAUUUACACAACAAACGAAAACCAACCAGAUUACAGCAGGAGAAGUAGACGGAUGAUGUUUGUACAGAAGAAAACAGAAGAAAAAGAAUUCACUAAACUUCGAGCUUGCGGAACUUAAAGGUGUUAAUGGGAAUAUAAGAAAAUAAAUUAACCCUCUGUAGAAAUCAUCUAAAAUAUCAAAAUUGUAUAAAACCACUUUCGGCAAAAUAACUAGACCGUUCAAAGUCAGAUAAAGUUAAUCAAAUGUUUGGCGUAUCUUAAAACAAAAUGCAUAAACCAUGGCUAGAGGUUUGCUACCUUGUAGUAUCGUAGCGGUUUGACAAAGCGAACAAAAAAAAAUUCAAUACAUUCUCAUUUCAGUACAGUAUUUCGGUAUACCUUCUUCCUAGCAGUCCAUCCUAAAUCACAAAUUGUACGGUCAAUUUUUGGGCGAAAAAGUCUGAUACUUGUAUUAGAAAAAAUAAAACAAGUCAAAUAAUUUGAACUUCCAUUUAUGAUUCAUAGCCGGCGUAUUAUCAAGAUCAGCGGGUUAAACAUACCCUUUUUUCUUCAUUGUUCUUCUUUCGAUGGUCAAUAAUAUAUUUUCCUUGUAAGAAAAGCAGAAAAAUGGAACGUGACUUUACGAA